GCAUUCCACAGCGAUUAUUAUUCAGUGGUUGCUUUUGAAUCGUGGAUUCUCGCACAUACUCGAUCGUUCUCGGUCUGCAACGACACGUAAGUACGCAAGUGAACUGAACUCUCCCGCUGGUCGUCUACCCGAGACCCAAAUCAGUCAGAUUGUAAUGUGAGGUAUAUGUGUUUUGUGUUAACAAAAUUAUCCGCGUCGGAAAACGUUGGUGUGUUUUGAAAAAAAAAAAGUAUAACAACUUGGAAGUCGAUGUGAUGAUUUGCGACAGGAUUUUUGCCAGUCCCAAUGUAUAAGGCCUAAGGACGUGAUCCCCUCCAGCUUGAAGUUGCCUGUGCAUAUCGCGAAUUUUUAAAAUAUCUGUGAUCUGUAAUGGUGCAUUAUAGCGAUAUUAAAUGGUGUUAGUGUUUGGUAAAAGUGCAUCAUCGUGGUGUGUUUCUUAGCGGUAAAAGUGCUAGUCGACGUUCAGGAAUGGUGGCAGGCCAGAACGUGGACACUCAACAGAAUGCCGACAUGUAUUGUGCCCUUUAUGGAGAAUACUACCCUGAUAAUCAGUACUUCAUUCAAGGGGCGCCACCAGAGAUGUGCCCUGCACACGUCUGCGCUAUGCAAAGCGAAUUUGGUCCUGUAACAGUUCCAAUGGUAUCAACGAAUUCGUCACCUCCCAUUGCAAUGCCAGUACAAGUUCCUCCAGGUCAUGUCGUACAACAAAUUGUCGACGAGAGCGGCACCUUACGCCAUGUGAUACUCUCUCCGCAACAUCCAGCCGGACUCGUGCCAUUAACCUCACAUAAUCCUCAGCACUAUGGUGCCGGUCCAGGAAACAGCACAAAUCAGCCACAACAAGCAUUUUAUCAAGGAUUGCCCGCGGGAUUUCCCGCCUCACAUUUCCACUCAAACAUACCACCAGGACACCCAGGACCAAGUCCUACCCGUCUCGGACAUUCCCCACCUUUAAAUCAAGUUUACUACAAAGAUGAACGAACUAAACGACAAUACAUUAAGUUGAAAACAAAGCAUCAGGCCAAACAAAAAUUGGACAGUAUGCAAAAGGACUUGGUCAAUGGUUUGAGAAGGCCGUCAGCCAAAGAUAAAGAUAUGAACAGCGUAGGAACAUCAGAGGACGGAGAGGAAAGCAGUAUUCCAGACGAGGAGGAUUCCGUUCAAAUCAUUGCCGAUUUUUUGUCGUCCGUCCAGGCUCCAACGGUAUCUGAACUGAGUUCCCGAAGUGCCUUAUUGCAAUGGGCCCCGCCCGCGAAACCAUCUGAAGCAUCAAAUGCGGACAGUCCCGAGAUAGAUGUUGGUGAUUUACGUUACGAAGUAUUACUUAGUGAUAAGAGCAAAGAAAUGAAAUUCAAGUCAAUAUACAGCGGCUCCUCUCUUUCCUGUCGCAUCCGCGAUCUCAGGCCAGGUCAGGAGUACUCCGUUUGCCUCCAAGUGCACUACGACGAACUUCAAGGCGCCGCCACCGAUCCGCUCAAGUUCACGACCCCUCCCUGCGAACCCGACCAACCGCAACCUCCCAAACUCCACCAACGCCAGAAAACUUCCCUCCAACUCAAAUGGAGCACCGUCAACGACAACGGAUCCCACAUCACCAACUACAUACUCGAGUACGACGAAGGGAAGGGGGGCGAGUUCGUGGAGUUCCACAGGGGGCGGGUGAAGCAGUACACUCUGCACAAGCUGCAACCGGCCACCCCGUACCAGUUCCGGCUGGCGGCCAUCAACGAGAUCGGCAAGAGCGCCUACUCUGACGCCAUCACGUACGCCACUUGCAACAACCCGCCCAGCAAGCCGCCGCCGCCGGCCCUCGUCGAGGCCUCCAUCAACUCGCUGCACCUGCAGUGGAACCGAAGGCCUAUCGACGACGAGUUCACGCUCCAAAUGAACGACGCAAGGACUAAUUACCGGCCGGUGUAUAACGGGAGGGAAACGUAUUGCAUUUGUUCGGGUUUGAGUAAUUUUACCGAGUAUAAGUUUCGGUUGCGCGCCGAGAACGACGGCGGCCAGUCGCCUUGGUCCGACGAAGUCACCUACAUGACGCUUCCCGACCGCCCCAGGGAGCCGUCGAAGCCCGUGGUCAAGGGACGCAUCCACGCCCAUUCGUUCAAACUCAAGUGGGAACCCCCUAACUAUACCGGUGGCGCCGAGAUAACCGAAUACAUACUGGAAGUGAAUUCUGGUAGUGGAUACGAUGUCGUUUAUACUGGUAACGAAACGGAAGCUGUCUGUGAUAAACUAACCCCUGGCACUACCUACCAAUUGCGCGCCAGCUGCAUCAGUGCCGGUGGUCGUAGCAAUUACUCAAAUCCCUGCACGGUGACGACGGAUGCCAUCGCGCCGGGGCAGUGCGCCGCUCCCAAGUUGCACGGCAAACCCAAGGCUAACAGCAUCACGAUCAGGUGGUGUGAGCCGGACUACAACGGGGGCGCACCAGUGCUGGAGUACGAGGUAGAACUGGCCGGUCCGCCAGAAUACGUACGAAAUCUAAUUCACAAGAACAAAGAAACGGAGUGUACGGCCACGAAUCUCAGUCCGGGCUGCGAAUACGCCUUCACCGUCAGAGCCGUAAAUAGGAUAGGUCCAGGACAAUGGUCGGAUCAACUGAAAGUUACCAGCGGAGCCGCUCCGCCAGACGUUCCCUCGCCUCUGAAGACCGCUUGCAAAUCACCAUUCCAUAUAGCCGUUGACUGGGAAGAGCCGCCGUCUAACGGAGCCCCCAUUCAAGAGUAUAAACUAGAAGUUAGCACAAACAAUUCCGAAGACUUCCAUCUAGUAUAUCAAGGUCCAGAUAAUUACCAUGACGUCAAGGGUCUGAAUCCGUUUACGACGUACUAUUUCCGGGUUCAAGCAUGCAAUUCUGCGGGUUGUAGUCUUUUCUCCCCUAUCGCAGCCAUGCUAACACCUGCGGCGCCACCUUCGACCAUAACAACUUUACGUAGCGAAUCUACUCCAACGUCAAUAACGCUCAACUGGAAUCCACCGGCCGAUAACGGUUCAGACAUCUCCCACUACAAUAUAGAAAUUGGUGACAAAGUGAUCGUCACUGACGGUGCAGACACAAAAUAUCAUCUAGACAACCUUCAACCCGAGACAACCUACAAAAUCAAAAUUCAAGCAGUAAAUGCGAUAGGCACUGGCUCUCUCUCGUCGACAUUAAGGGUAGCUACGCUAAAAUUACCUCCCGCUCCCCCCAAGUUGGAAUGUAUUGGCAUUGGACACAAUUAUCUAAAACUGAAAUGGGGUGACGGGAAGAACGUCGACUAUACGCACUAUUUAAUUGAAAUGGAAAACACGCGAAGUCACGAAUUCCAAUGCGUCUAUAAAGGAACAGCCCUCACAUACAAAGUUAAUAAAUUGCAUGAAUUAACGACUUACAGGUUUAAAAUUUGUGCAUCCAACGAUGCUGGUAUUGGUGAUUUUUCCGAUAUUUACGAAUUCACCACGAGCAUAGCACCGCCUGCGAUAAUCAAACAACCGAAACUGGUUGAAGUUGAUCAAACAAGUUGCGUGAUUGAAUGGAUGCCCUCUAAAAACUCGUUCCUUGACCCGAUCAUAUUCCAAAUACAGGUCACCAGGAUAAAAGAUCAAACUUUUAAAGAGACGUACAAAGGUGCUGACACAAAGUAUUCGAUAGAAAAUCUGGAACCAGGCGUGGAAUAUAGCGCUCGUGUGUGUCCGAUUAGACUGACGCCAAAUGGUGAACUGAUGGGUCCUUACUCGCCUCUCUUGCACUUUUCGACACUGGUUGCCGAACCGACUGUAAUAUCAAAAAUCUCAACAAAUCCCAGCUCACCAAGCCACUCUCAUAGGAACCGAAUGGGCUUAACGUCAAUGUUGCAAUUUAAUCGCUUAAAGACAGUUUCAAAAGCGCCAUUUUUCUAUGCCUUCCUGUUCACGUUCGUGGGAAUUAUCAUUUCAGGAUGGAUUAUGUCUUUUCUAUAAGUGCAAUUGAUGUGUGGUCGCUUUGCUCACUACAAACUUAAACUAAGCGAUACCCUGCCGUAUGGCCAAUUGAGAGUGGAAUGUAAAGUAUUAUUAAACAGGGCUUAUUAUAAUUAGAGGACCAAAGCGUAAGUUUUGGUAUUUUUUAUACGUGUUUCCGUACUUGGCGUGGUGCUAUCCAAUUUAAUUAAUGAUGUGAUGUCUAUCGACGGUUAUCGCCGUCGCAGCUGACCUGUAGUUUGAUAUAUGUGUUGUUAUUCCAGUCAUAUGUAUAGUAAAGCAAACCCAUACACAGUAUGUAUGUAUUUAUGAUGCAGGAUUAAUUAAAUCAAUUUUAAGUGGCUGGAAAGUCUUGUACCUAUAAAAAUUUUAAAUAUAUAUACUUAUAUAAUACAGCAUAUAGGUUAAUAAAAUUAUAUAACUCUAAUGUUAAUCUAUUAAGUAUAUUACAAUCUAAUCUAUAUUGUUUAAAGUUGGCUAAAUUUGGGUUUGUAUAUGUGCUACUUCCUGCACAGUCGACAGAGAUAUAUUAAUAUAUUAUAGGUAUAAAGAAUAUAAAUACAGAUAUAAAUAAAUCAAUUAUAUUUUAUGUACUAGUACAA